UGGGCGGGUACCGGGGGCCGGCGUCGCUCGCUCGCGGAGGCGCCGCUCGGGGGAGCCUGGGCCCGAGGGUCUGAGGCGCCACCUUGGCCUAUUCGUGCUGGAGGCCGAGUCAGGGGGAGCCUCCCCAAGGUCACCGGGCGACCGCGGGGAGGGUCCCGGUCGUCGCGGGGCCGAGCCCGCCCGCUUCCCGGGCUCAGAUGCUUUCCAGGAAGAAAGUGGAAACACCUCGCUGAUGCCACCCUCUUCAAACCAGCAUCUUCUCCAUCUGCUUCCUGUCUGCCUGGGGGUUCCUGGAAGUCUCUGGUUUGAGAAGCUGUCCAUGUUAACACUGGGUGAGAGGAAGCCGAGACCACCGCGAUGACCCGGUCCUACGUGAGGAAGCUGUCCACCAUCCUGCUGGACGCCGUCACUGACAAGGACCCUCUGGUGCAAGAGCAGGUGUGCAGUGCCCUGUGCACCCUCGGAGAGUCGCAGCCACAGGAGGCGCUCAGCGCCUGUGAGGAGCACCUGCGGCAGAAUGAGAAGCUGGCACACCCACACCGGGCGAUGAUCCUGAGGGCCAUGCAGACAGUCGUGAGCAGUCACAUCAGCGAGCUGGACAAGGACAUGGCCAGGGCUGUCAUCCUCUUGGCCUCCAGCGAGAUGACCAAGGUGAAGGACUUGGUCUGUGACUGGCAGCAGGCUGCCAGCGAUGUCCUGGUGGCCGUGGGGAGGCGCUUCAUCAGCAUGGUGAUGGAGGAGCUGCUGCACGGGCUCCAGCCCGGGGUCCUGCCACACUACUUUGUGGUGCGGACCUUGGCCAACCUCUCUGUGUCCAAUGUGUUCGGCACGGUGCCCUUCCUGACGUCCAUCCUUGGCACCAUGCUGCCCAUGCUGGCUGCGGCCAAGCACGACACCAUGAGGGGGGUGUUCUGCUAUGCCCUGCAGCACUUCAGUGAGAGCACACUUGAGUACCUGGCCAACCUGGACCAGGCCCCAGACCCCACGGUCAGGAAGGACGCCUUCGCCUCUGACAUCUCCAGCGCCUACGACAUCCUCUUUCACCAAUGGCUGCCAAGCCGUGAGGCCAAGCUCCGGCUCGCCGUGGUGGAGGCCCUGGGGCCCAUUAGCCACUUGCUGCCCAGCGAGAAACUGGAGGAGCAGCUCCCCAAGCUGCUGCCCGGCAUCACCACCCUCUACAAAAAGCACGCCGAGACCUGCCACGUGUCCAAGAGCCUGGGCCAGAUCCUGGAGGCUGCUGUGAGCGUGGGCAGCCGCACACUGGAGGUCCAGCUCGACUCUCUCCUGGCUGCGCUGCACACUCAGUACCCAUAUGAGAAUGAAGCAAGUUCAGCAAGGACGCCAGUCGCAGACCGGCCCACACAAAGCAGCACCUUGCUACACCACCGCAGCCACCGGCAAGGCACCCACACGUACCGCUUCCACCAGCAACAGAAGCGUGCCAGGAAGGAGCUGGGAGGGAGCCUCACCAAGAAUGCCUGGGGUCUCCCUGGAGAAAGAAUCUGUGUGCCUGUGGAGUCGGCCAGCCCCCUGGUGGUGAACAACCAGAAGGAGGUGCUCCGCUGCUUCACCGAGUUGGCGUCCUGCUCGCCCGACCGCCUGCUGGCCUUCCUGCUGCCCAAGCUGGACUCUGGCAGCGAGAGGACCCGCGUGGGCACCCUGCAGGUGCUGAGGCACAUCAUCAACUCGGCUGCUGCUCAGAUGGAAGUUAAGAAGCCCUUUAUCCUCUCCUCCAUGAGGGUUCCUCUUCUGGACACCAGCAGCAAGGUGAAGCGGGCAGUGGUGCAGGUGAUCAGUGCCAUGGCGCACCACGGCUACCUGGAGCAGCCUGGAGGCGAGGCGAUGAUCGAGUACGUCGUGCAGCAGUGCGCGCUGCCCCCCGAGACGGAGCCUCAGAAGCCUGGCCCGGACAGCGAGGAGCUCCCGACGGACAGCGUGCGCGCCAUCAGCGUCAGGACCCUCUACCUGGUCAGCACCACGGUGGACAGGAUGAGCGACGUCCUCUGGCCACACCUGCUGCAAUUCCUCACUCCCGUGCGCUACACCGGGGCGCUGACCCCGCUGUGCAGGAGCCUGGUGCAUCUGGCCGGGAAGAGGCAGGAGGCAGGGCCCGGCACCCUCCUCAUCAAGUACGACGGCCACGUGACCCUGCCGUCUCCCUACGCCAUAGCCACGAGGCUUCUGGCUGUGUCUUCCAACCCCUACCUGGGGGACGGCCGUGGGGCGGCCUCGCUGGGGCUCCUGAACGUACUGCAUCGGGACAUCCACCCUUUGCUGGGUCGGCGGUGGGCGACAGCCAUCCCCCUGCUGCUGCAGUACUUGGAUGAACACACUGAGGAAAACCUGUCACAGAAGGAAUGGGAAGAAAAGCUGCUGGUGUUCCUUCGGGACACUCUGGCUGUUGUGUCUGACAACACGUGGGUUUGCCAACUGAGCCUGGAGAUGUGCAAACAGCUACCCUGCUACAAUGGGACACCCCAGGAGAAGAACUUCCUGUAUAAAUGUGUGGGGACCACCCUGGGUGCCGCUUCCAGUAAGGACGUGGUGAGGAAGCACCUGCAGGAGCUGCUGGAGUCGGCCAGAUACCAGGAGGAGGCCGAGCGUGAGGGCCUCGCCUGUUGCUUUGGGAUCUGUGCCAUCUCCCACCUGGAUGACACCCUGGCCCAGCUGGAGGAGUUUGUGAGGUCGGAUGUGUUCAGAAAAUCCAUUGGCAUUUUCAACAUUUUUAAGGAUCGCAGUGAGAAUGAGGUGGAGAAAGUGAAGGGCACACUGAUCCUGUGUUACGGACACGUGGCAGCCCGGGCACCCCGUGAGCUGGUGCUGGCCAGGGCGGAAUCGGACAUCCUGCGAAACAUAUUCCAGUGCUUCAGCACCAAGGUUCUGGGAAUAAAGGUAGAGACCAAGGACCCGGCCCUGAGGCUGUGCCUCGUCCAGAGCGUGUGCAUGGUCUGCCAGGCCAUCUGCAGCAGCACGCAGGCCAGCUCCUUCCACUUCUCUCGGAAAGUGGAGCUGGUGGCACAGAUGAUGGAGUUCAUCAAGGCGGAGCCCCCCGACUCGCUGAGAUCACCCAUUCGCAAGAAGGCCAUGCUGGCCUGCACUUACCUGGUCUCCCUGGAGCCGGCGCUGGAUGAGCAGGAGCAGGCCGACAUGAUCCACAGCUGUCUGCACAGCGUCAUGGCAGUGCUGCCCGAGCCCGAGGGGGAGGAUGGCGGCCAGGAGUCCCUGUAUCCGGACACCAUGCACGCCCUUGAGGAUUUGCUGACGAGCCUCCUACGGCGAAACAUGACCCCGCAUGGCCUGCAGAUGAUGGUGGAGCACCUGAGCCCAUGGAUCAAGUCCCCGCGGGGCCACGAGCGCAUGCGGGCGCUUGGCGUGAGCUCCUGCCUUCUGCAGUCCUUCCUGGAGCACCUGCACGUCAGCGCCCUGGUGCCCUUCCACAACCUGGGUCUCCUCGUCGGCCUGUUCUCCCCACGGUGUGCGGACCUGUGGCCUGCCACCCGCCGGGAAGCUGUGAGCUGCGUCUACUCCCUGCUGUACCUCCAGCUGGGCUACGAGGGUUUCUCCCGUGAUUACCGGGACGACGUCGCUGAGCGGCUCCUCACCCUCAAAGAUGGCCUCGUGCACCCCGACCCUGCCAUCCUCUUCCACACCUGCCACAGCAUAGCCCAGAUUAUUGCGAAGCGCCUCCCGCCAGAUCAGCUCAUCAGCCUCUUGCUCACUUUGUUUGAGAGCCUCGGAGACCCCGACAAGAACUGCUCCCGAGCCGCCAGUGUCAUCAUCAGCUGCCUGCUGAAGGAGCGCGGCAACUUGCUCCUGGAGAAGGUGCCCGAGAUCGUGAGUGUGCUGCGCUCUAAGCUGCAGGAGACCCCAGAGGAGCACGUGCUGCGGGCGGCGCAGCACAGCGUGUGCCUGCUGGCAUCCCAGCACUGCGAGGCCGUGGUGUCCAGCCUCCUGGGCAGCCCCCUGCCCUUUGACAGCCACACCUGCACCCUGUGGCGGGCGCUGGCCUCGGAGCCCGGCCUCACCGCACAGAUCCUGGGGCUCCUCCUGCAGAAGAUGAGCAGGGACGUCCCGUUCAAGGAGAGCCGGGCCUUCCUGCUGAGCAGCUCCCCCGACCGCGUGGCCACACUGCUGCCCCUGGCGGCCACCUGUGCGCUGUCGGAGGUCAUGUCUGUUCCGGCGUCCGCGCCCGCUGUGCUGGAGCUCUAUCCCCAGCUGUUUGUGGCACUGCUGCUGCGUGUGGGCUGCACCCUGGGCGUCCAGCUGCCUCGCAAUCUGCAUGCCAAGGAGCGGAGGGCCACCGGCUUGGGCCCGGCCUCCCGGAGCCUUGAGCCCUGCAGCUCUGCAGUGGGUGCUCUGCAGCUCACCCUGGUCCGAGGGGGCAGUGAGGAGGUGGUGCAGCGUGUAGAGCUGGAGCGAGGCUGGGAGUCACUCAGGACAUCCGUGGGGCACGAGGAGGGUGUCGCCCGGCUGGCCAGCGCCAUGGCGAAGUUCGCAGGCCCCCGGCUGCCUCUGGUGAUGAAGGGGCUCGUGUGCACACACAGCAGCGUGUACGAGAUCCAGAGGGUCACCUCCACAGCCUUCCUGGCAGAGCUGCUCAGCAGCAAUGUGGUGAAUGACCUGAUGCUCCUGGAGUCGCUGCUGGACAACCUGACAGCCCGGCAGAAAGACGCGUGUGCCAGCGUGCGGCGGCUGGCGCUCCGUGGCCUGGCCAAUGUUGCCUCUGGCUCCCCCAAUAAGGUACGGGCCCGUGGCCCCCAGCUCCUGACAGCCAUGAUCGGUGGGCUGGAUGACGGGGACGAUCCGCAGAGCCUAGUGGCCCUGGAGGCCAUGGCGGGCCUUGUGAAGCUGCUGGACCUCGUGGAGCCCGGGGACCUGCGCCCAGUGCUCCUGCACGUGGCCAUCCGGAUCCGGCCCUUCUUCGACAGCGAGAAGAUGGAGUUCCGAUCUGUGUCCAUCCGCCUCUUCGGGCACCUCAACAAGGCCUGUCAUGGGGACUGCGAGGACGUCUUCCUGGAGCAGGUCGUUGGUGGGCUGGCGCCCCUACUACUGCACCUGCGGGACCCGCAGUCCUCCGUGGCCGCUGCCUGCAAGUUUGCCCUGCGCAUGUGCGGGCCCAACCUGGAGUGUGAGGAGCUAGCGGCUGCCUUCCAGAAGCACCUACAGGAGGGCCGGGGCCUGCACUUCGGGGAGUUCCUCAACACCACGUGCAAGCACCUGAUGUGUCACUUCCCGGACCUGCUGGGCCGCCUGGUGAGCACCAGCCUGUUCUACUUCAAGAGCAGCUGGGAGGACGUCCGCGCUGCCGCCCCCAUGCUCACCGGGUUCCUGGUGCAGCACGUGGAGCCCGAGCAGCAUCGUCCACAGGUGGACCUGGAACAUCUAACUGCGGCGCUCCAGCUCCUGCUCAAGGACCCGGCCCCCGCCGUGCGCAUGAAAGCUGCCGAGACCCUGGGCCGCCUGGUGAAGUUCGCCUGAGGCUCCGGCGCCUCCCAGACAAGCAGUGCCGGCCGAGUCUGGCCUACGCCUCCAAGGUGCGGCCCAAGGAGCCUCCUAGGCCCACACUGCAGGGGACCGAGUGCCUGGCCUCCUCCAGGAAGCUGCUGGAGGCCACGCAGGGAGGACCAAGUCUGUGCCCCCCAACUUUGCUUCCAAUAAAGCCACUCGCUGCUCAGGUGACCA